AAAUGUAUCAUGACUGUACCCAUUCGUGACGACAGGGGAAGUGAAAGUGGUAUCAGUUAGCAUCUUGCUCUGAACGGCAGCUAAGUUACAUAACUUACACGCAGUGAACAAGAGACAGCAUUUUUAAGGAUUGCCAUAUGGAUUCCCCUCGGCAAUCGAAAAACCUGAGUCGAGAGCCAAAGCGCAGCCAGAAUCAGUCGAGCACUCCUCCUCAGAAAGAUGCCUAUGCCAGGCUCCUCAGCCAGCACAGCAGCAGUAAGUUCAGUCAGUAUCUAGAGCAAUAUGCAAGGGACACAGCAUUUCAAAGGGAAGCAAAUGGGCCAAACAUGCUGCUGAAAGCCCAGAGUGACAGGCAGAACAUACCACAGAGAAAAAGGGACCAGGUGCCCUAUGAUUUCUCAGAUUCGAGCGACUUCUCCCCGUCUUCCAUGAAAAGCAGAGAGGAGAGUUCACUGUCUUUAUACAUGGAGAAAAUAAGCACCCGCGGUGCUCAGCAGGACUGUGAAAGGAAGCAGGGUGUGUCUGACAGACAGCGAUGGGGACAGAGGAGGGACACAGCCACCAGCCAAGAUGGAGACGUCGAAUCUGGUGAGGAACUCAGCUCUUUCAAACCCAAUGACUCAAAGAAACACCAGAAGCAGCAGAAGAAAAACAAGGACUCUAACAGAGAUGUCGCCUCAAAAGAGACUAACUCACUUGUUGGACGCCCCCAGUCCCCGAAGAAAGCCGGCACAAGUGGACAGGAGCAAGAGAAGAUGAAGAAGGCGAAGAAGAAAAACCUGCCAAAGUACCCAGAAGAGGAGAGAAGCAGAGAAGGGGCAUUAAAAUCUGGGGUUGACACUCAGAUGUCAAGGCCCAAAUCCCCUCAUGGUAAAGACAAAACACUGCAGCAGCCCAGAGCUCCAAGUGCCAAUUCUCCUGCUGACAAGAGCAAGAUCAAAGGAGGCAGAGGAUCAAAGAAACAAGUGUUUGAAUCCUACAUGACAUUUGAAGAGGUUUCCCAGGGCCUUAAAAGAGGAGAACUCAUUCAGGGGCCGUUGCGAAUCAACCCAAAGAAAUACCAUGAAGCUUUCGUCCCAUCUCCUGAUGACACACGGGAUAUAUUCCUGGAUGGGAUCGUAGCUCGUAACAGAGCACUGAAUGCAGACAUAGUGGUGGUGCAGAUUCUUCCUCGGGAGCAGUGGAAGGUUGUGAGGUCAGAUACUGACUGUGAGGGCGCCAGUGAGUCGGAGACUCAGAAAGAAAACAUGGCACGAACAGCGCAGAAGAAGAUGGAGCGCACGCCCAGGCCUGAUGUUAUUGUGGAGGACCAGUGCAGUGACCAGGAUGAACUCGUCCGCAAAGUGCAGAAUGUCUCCCUCGCUGACACAGAGUCUCUGGAAGACCCCUCGACCCCACGGCCCAGUGAGGAAAUACUCCAGAAGACAGCUAAGGUGGUGUACAUAGUCGAAAAGAAACACUCCAGAGCUGUGACAGGCUUCCUGAAAUUCCUGCCAGAUAAGCCUUUUGCCAUGUUCUCCCCUGUGGACCACCGUGUGCCACGGAUUAACGUCCUCCUCGCUGACUGUCCCGAAGACUUUCGUUCCCGCCCGGGCGACUACGCCAACACCUUGUUCAUAUGUCGCAUCACCAACUGGGCAGCCGACAGCAACUUUGCAGAAGGUAAACUUGCGAAGACGCUGGGCCAGGCUGGAGAAAUCGAGCCGGAGACAGAGGGAAUCCUGAUAGAGUACGACGUCGACUUCUCUGAGUUCUCAGACGAGGUGUUAGACUGCCUCCCCAAGAACCUGCCCUGGACCAUUCCACCUGAGGAGAUGAAGAAGAGGAAGGACCUGAGGCAGGAGUGUAUCUUCACCAUCGACCCUGCUACUGCCAGAGACCUGGACGAUGCUCUGUCCUGUAAACAACUCCCUGAUGGUAACUUUGAGGUGGGAGUCCACAUUGCUGAUGUGAGUUAUUUUGUGGAAGAGGACAACGCUCUGGAUGCCGUCGCCAGCCAAAGAGCAACUAGUGUGUACAUGGUUCAAAAGGUGAUCCCCAUGUUGCCGAGGCUGCUGUGUGAGGAGCUCUGCAGUCUGAAUCCUCUCAUCGACAGACUGACUUUCUCUGUCAUCUGGAAAAUCACACCCGAGGGGAAGAUCCUGAGCGAGUGGUUCGGCCGCUCAGUCAUCCGUUCCUGCGUGAAGCUGAGUUACGACCACGCUCAGAGCAUGAUCGAGGCCCCUGAAAAGAUGUUCUCCGCUGAGGAGCUGCCACCUACGGACCCCGAGCACCCCAUCGAUGAGAUCCAUCAGGCUGUGCUCAACCUGCACUCCAUUGCCAAGAACCUCCGGGCUCAACGCUUCUCAGGAGGAGCCCUCAGACUGGACCAGCUGAAACUGUCUUUCACCCUGGACAAAGACACCAUGAUGCCUCAAGGCUGCUACGUCUACCAGUACAGAGACAGUAACAAGUUGGUGGAGGAGUUCAUGUUACUGGCCAACAUUGCCACAGCCAACCACAUCUACCGCAAAUUCCCCGACCUCGCCCUGCUGAGACGCCACCCUCCACCCAAGGCCAAACUGGUGGAUGAGCUGCAGGAGCUUUGCGACCAGUUGGGAAUUGACAUAGAUCUCUCCUCUGCAGGAGCGCUGCACAAGAGUCUCAAUACUACUCUGGGUGAUGAUGAGUACACCACUGCCAGAAAAGAAGUCCUCACCCACAUGUGCUCCAGACCCAUGCAGAUGGCGAUAUACUUCUGCACCGGUGUACUUAAGGAUGAGCACGCAUUUAAGCACUACGCCCUCAACGUUCCUCUCUACACUCACUUCACAUCUCCCAUCAGACGCUACGCCGACAUCAUUGUCCACCGGCUGCUGGCGUCUUCACUGAAGUGUGGGCCUCAUUUGGGGCUGUCAACAGACGAAGUCGAAAAACAGGCAAAACACUGUAAUGAGAAGAAGACGGUGUCCAAGAGAGUCCAGGAGCUGAGUUCUGAGCUCUUCUUUGGAGUCUUUGUAAAGGAAUGUGGCCCUCUGGACUCUGAGGCCAUGGUGAUGGGGGUGCUGGAUCAGUCCUUUGAUGUGCUGGUUCUCCGCUACGGAGUGCAGAAACGCAUCUACUGCAAGUCUGUUGUGGGCCUGGACUCAUUCCACCAUCGUAAGGUGGGGAAGAAAUCAGAGCUGACUCUCAUCUGGACAGCAGAGGACCAAGAAAAAGCUCCGGUAGAGCAGGUAAUUUCCAUCUUUACGUUAGUGGAGGUUCAGCUCAAAGCGGAUGGAGCACCCAUGAAAUACAGUGCAGUGCUCAAGAGGCCCGAGGAGAGUGAAUAAUGAACACUUAAACGUGCCAUAGAGCACACAGACAUGUGUAUGGAAAUUUGGAAUUGCACAUUUUCUUUUGUUGAUUGGUAGAAAUGUAAUUUAGAAGCAGUGUUACUGUGAUAAGCAGGGGAGUUACUCAUCAGGUCAGGGUCACAUUUCAAUUUGAAUCCCAAAUAUUUCAGUUUCAUUCUCAACUUAAAGGCCCAUUCCAGUGUUUUUCAUGUUAGCCCACUCACCCGCACAUGUACAUGACUGCUGCCCAUUUUCCAAGGUAUAUUAUAAUGUUUAAUAUUUUUUAAUAUGCUGAGAAAAGGACUUUUCUUCCAGCAUUUCUGUGGUUUCCAUUCAUCUCUGUAAGACGUGGAAAUUCACAUUUAUAGACCUGCCUGAUGGGCAAGUUUACUUUCUUUCCACAGAAAUUAAUAGAAACUAGAAGGGCGCUUAGAGUGCACAGACUUGCACUAAGGCCAAAUUUCCCUAUCUCUUAAUGUUAAAGGGAAUGUUCGGAUUUUUUUGAAGUGAGGCUGUAUGUAAGGUUAGCAGCAAAACAUAUUUUAGUCACUUAAAAAAUAUAUAUAUCAGUCUAAGUGGAGGCUGCAUUGAGAAUAUUUUCACCAUUAUACCAUGCCGUCAGAUAGCCUGUCCUUUGGCACUACAUUUUCUCAACCGUAGACCUUCCAUAUUCCUACACAUAAGCACAGCAAUGCCGCUCACUGCCGCAGGUCAGCUGUCGGGGUCAGAAAGUGCUGUCGCGUGAUCCGACUGAAACAAAACUUCACUUUUUAAAAAAGAUUUAAAACAUGGUUUUCCGCACUGUUCAAACAAAGAAAUGAAAACAGCUGUGCCUAGUUACACUGAAUAUAGACAUCAGUACUCCACCUACAAGACUGAGACAACUCAGUGUUUGCAUCGAAAGUUUCUCUGGAUGAUUAUGUAAAACCACUGCCAAAUAAGCAAGAGAGAUGCUCGCUGAAGAGCACUGCUAUACCCAACCAUCAGGUGAAAUAUGCUUAAUACCCACAGAUAAAUAAAACGACUUGCCAAACAACUAGUGAGGUGUGAAGCGCUGGCAUCUUCUGAUUCGGACUGAUCCUGAAGUUGUGUUGUAACCAAGUUCGACUCAUGGCAGCAGUAGCUCUCUGGGUCGGUGAUCAGGGGUUCACAGAAGUUCACAGUUAGCGUGUGCUCUUCCUUGGCCAGUUUUCACAAAAGUUUCCGGUCUCCUGUAGACUCCACAGUGAAUGGCAUUUUGUCGUCACUGUCAGCAUUACCCAUUAUUUACAUUUUCUUGUGUUUGUUGCCUCUUCAAUAAACUGUUGAAAGUCUGACCCAAACAGCUGACGUGCGGCGUAAUAAAGUGCAUGGCACAAUUGUGCUAAUGUGUAGGAAUAUGUAAGUUCUACGUUUGAGAAUAUACAGUGGCAAAGGACAGGGCUGUCUGAUGGCAAAGUAAAGUGGUGAAAAUAUUCUGAAUAUAGCGUCCACUUACUCUGACGUUUGAUUUUUUUUAAUUUUUUUUUUUUAAGUAGGCCUUUUUCAAAGUUCUGCUGCUGCCCCCAUCCACAGCAGUACAUUGCUGAGCUUCUGUAGUGGUACUCCUGUCUGCUUCUCCAAACAGGGAGCGUGUGAAUACACUGCCUUUGGAUAAGUAAAUCAUACAACCCCACUUUCAAAAAAUCUGAACUAUCCCUUUAAGGAAAGUGCUUCGGAUCCAUUUUGAAAUUAAACGGGUUCUUCCGACACCCUUUCACUAAGUUUCAUGAAAGUUGGGACGGUAUUUUUUCUGUUAUCCUCUGUUAUCCAAACCUUGGCAUAGGUAAUAAUGGCCGUCAUCAAAAGUAGAAGAAAUUUAAAAAAAAAAAUCUAAUAUGGUAUGCUCUGGAAAAUGGUUAAAUGUGUGACAUGUAUGAUUUGUAGUGAGUGGUUUAAAACAUGUAAACCCUGAUGCUUUAAUUUAAGCUUCAAUGAUCUCACUAAUGGGGACAGUAUUUAAUGUAAACAGUGAAUGGAUUUCAAAUUGAAUUGUGACCCUGGUCUGACAGUGACAAAACCAAGGCAGCAGUUAUAUUUUGCUGUUGAUUUAUUGGCCUUUAUGAGGACAGUUUCGAUGUGAUAUAACUGUUGUGCACAGUCUAAUAUGUGAAAGCUGAUUAUCCGUUUAAUAUCAAUGACCGCCUUCUCGAUUCUAGAUUGAGGAUAUUUGUGUUUGCAAAGCAAUAUAGAAUAACACACUACUGAAGUUUACUAGUUGGGCUGGCUGUGGUGGCUGUAAUAGAACGUGUGGCCUCAGUGAAGCUACUUGGAUCAGACAGUAAAAAUGUAGCAGUAAUAGUACGAUAAAAACUUAAAUUAUAUUAGAUUCAUAAAACAGGUUUAUUAGUGUUUCAUAGGAACAACAUAACAGCUACCACAGGACACCCUGGUGUUUUUACAUUGUCGUAUGUAUUUAUAGUGUUUUAUACAGGAAGUUUUCAGACUCCUCUGGGUCAUGAAGUACAGCUCAUAGGACGUUUCAUUUGAUUUAAUUUCCUAAAACAGGGUCUCGUAGAUCUGACAUAUUGUUCUAGUCCAAACUGAGGCACAUUUUCUGUAUUUACUGACGGGCCAAAGCUUAAUAACUUAUCAUCUCUCUGUUGUUUUUAAUACAAAACAUGGGAAUGACUUGAAUGUGAAUUGCUGCUGAAAGAGGUUGGUGGCCUUGAGAUCUUAAUGAAUUUUAUGUUGGCUCUUGUGCUUUGGAGUGCUUCCAACUGUUUGUGUUAUUUUUUUAUGCUCAGACUUGAUUUGUGCAGCCCAAAUACUUUAUGGACCUCAUUAAUAUCAACUGUGAAUUUCAGCCUUAAUUUAAUCAAGUGAAGAUAAAACAAAAUUUUAGUGGAGCUGCACAUUUUAAAAUGAUUGUGGGCCUCUCUUUUGGUUUUAACCAAGGUCUAGUCCACACGUACACGGGUAUUUUGUGAAACCUGGUUUUCUAUAUGCGUUUUGGCCUUUUGUCCACAUGGAAACAGAAAUUUUGGUCGCUGAAAACAGACCUUUUGUACAGGCCCAGGUGCACUAAACUGACAUUUAAAGAAAAGAUGACUCCUGCACUCACUUUUACUCUGCUUCAUUUAUUCGUCAACGUUUCG